GGCCCGGAAGCAGACGGAGGCGGCCAGGGUCCCCGCUGUCUACUAGCCAUGGACGAGGCUGACCGGCAGCUCCUGCGGCGGUGCCGGGUGCAGCUGGUCAGCGAGCUUCAGGUGGCCUCUCUCUGGGACGCUCUGCUGAACCGCGACCUAUUCAAGCCCGACAUGAUCGAGGACAUCCAGAGGGCAGGCUCUGGGUCUCGGCGCGAUCAGGCCAGGCAGCUGGUCAUAGACCUGGAGACUCGAGGGAGUCAGGCCCUGCCUUUGUUCAUCUCCUGCUUAGAGGACACAGGCCAGCAUAGCCUGGCUUCGUUGCUGAGAACCAGUAGCCAAGCAGCAAAGCCGGAUCUGGAGGCCGUCAGACCCCUGAACCUCGUGCCUGCGGUGGUCAGACCAGAGGAACUGAGAGUAGUGAAGCAGGAUCCAUCGAAGCCGACCCCAGGUAAACUCCAGCCAGUGGAUUUGGGACCAGAAAAGCUCCAUCCGGCCAACUUUAGUCCAGAGGUUCGCAGACCAGGCGUGCCCAGGGCAGUGGACGUUGGUUCUGCAGGAUUCAGUGAUGUCUGUGCUCAGGAGAGACUGAGGAGAAACACGGAUUUGGCCUACGUCCUGAAUGCGGACCCCUGUGGCCACUGCCUCAUCAUCAACAACGUGAACUUCUGCCUGAAGUCGGGGCUCAGCACUCGCACCGGCUCCAAUGUCGACUGUGAGAAGUUGCAGAGACGCUUCCGCUUGCUGCGCUUCGUGGUGGAGGUGAAGUCCGAUCUGACUGCCAGGCAGAUGCUCCAGGCUCUGGUGGAGCUGGCACGGCGGGACCAUGGUGCCCUGGACUGCUGCGUGGUGGUCAUCCUCUCUCACGGCCGUCAGGCCAGCCACCUCCAGUUCCCGGGGGCUGUUUAUGGCACAGAUGGGUGUUCUGUGCCCAUCGAGAGAAUCGUGAACAUCUUCAAUGGAGCCAGCUGCCCCAGCUUGGGAGGGAAGCCCAAGCUCUUUUUUAUCCAGGCCUGUGGUGGAGAGCAGAAGGACCAUGGAUUUGAGGUGGUCUCCGCUCCCCCCGAGGACAGGGCCCCGGACAGCACCCCUGAGCCAGACGCGGUCUCGUUCCAGGACGAGCCAGGCAAUGACGACCAGCCGGAUGCUGUGUCUAGUUUGCCCACCCCAAGUGACAUCUUUGUGUCUUACUCCACUUUCCCAGGCUUUGUCUCCUGGAGGGACACCAAGAGUGGCUCCUGGUACAUCGAGACCCUGGAUGGCGUGUUUGAACGGUGGGCUCACUCUGAAGACCUGCAGAGCCUCCUGCUCAGGGUCGCUAAUGCUGUUUCGGAGAAAGGGGUUUACAAACAGAUGCCUGGGUGUUUCAAUUUCCUCCGGAAAAAACUCUUCUUUAAAACUGAAUGAAGCCAGGGCCCCCGACCCUGCCUUACCUUUCACCCCCAAACCUUCUGCUGCCCCCGGGCCGAUGGGGGCCUGUCUUGCCUUCAGCUAUGGCUGUCACGUGUUGAAGGAACUUGUAGCCUGUUGGAGGUCUGCUGUUUCUCCGCUGGCGGCCCACAGGCUCUUCACAGCUUCCAAAGUGGAGACAUGACCACGGUGGAGGAAGAGGAGAGCGGACGACGUGUGGCUGCCUGGUGCCCGGCUAGGGACUGUCUGUGACCCUUGUAUUUUCUCUAGAGCAGGGCUUCUCAGCCCCGGCACCAUGGACACGUGGCCAGACCAUCCUUUGCUGGGGUGCGGGGCCGGCCUGUGCACCGAGGGACGUUUACAGCCUCCCUGGCCUCUGCCCACUAGGCGCCGGCAGCAUCCGCCCUGAGCGGUGCCAACCAAAGACGCCUGCAGAUGCUGCCACUUGUGGCCUGGUGGGCCCCACGUGAGAACCACUGAACUGUGGGAGUUCUUCUUUUAGCUACAAGCAAGCCAGCAUCUCUCUUAGAUCAGCAAGUUUGGGACUGCUGGGGUCCGGACAGCUCUCUGUGAAUCUUAAAUGAAGUCUUAGAAUUUACUAAUUUUUCCUGUAUUUCAGUAUUCUGAAAAAAUAAACCUUAGCCCUGGCUGGUGUGGCUCAGUGGUUGGAGCAUCGGCC